GGAGGCAGUCAUGGCAGCCAAACGGCAGUAAAACAAAUCGCAACUUAUGUAUGAUUAUAAAUUGAAAUCCAGGAAAUUCUCAAUCAAUAAGCAAACAUCUAGCAACCAUGAGGAAGAUAUAAAUGUGGAUGAAAACGAAAGUUUGGAAAAUACAGAGGACACUGGAAUUGAUAUCAGUACUGCAUUGAAGCAAAUUCAACCUAAGGAAGGCUGGUUUCCCAAAGAUCUUCAUGAAUUUUUAAAUUUUUAUAAUAUAUGUGAUUUUCCAUUCGUGAGUAACGCAAAACAAGAAAUUGUGGAAGAAAGCGAUCGAAUCUCAUUGAAAGAUUUGCAUGAUAUGCUUCAGCGUGAAGUCGAUUCGUCAAGUAGAACCACCAUAAUUCAAAGUAUGCAGAAGAAACUGGAUGAUGAUUACGAGAACAUGAUUCAGGAAAUUAACAGUUUCAAUAUAUUUUCUGCAAAGUCUACAAUUUAGUGUAAAACAGAAUGUCGGUUUACUAAAUUUGUAGCGUAUUAUAUAAAGAGUAGAAAUUAUUAUAAGAAAGUAGAAAUGCAUGUUACCUUGUAUCUUAA